AUGACUGAGGAUGAUUGGAGAUGGCAUAUGUAUGAUACAGUAAAGAGCAGUGAUUGGUUAGGUGAUCAAGAUGCAAUACAUUACAUGUGUCAUGAAGCACCUUGGAAAGUGAUUGAACUUGAACAUUAUGGUGUUCCUUUUUCAAGAAUUGAGGAAGGCAAGAUUUAUCAAAGAGCUUUUGGUGGUCAAAGUUUACACUUUGGAGAAGCUGCAACUCUGGAGGAAUAUUAA